AUGUCGGCCAAUAUAAAGUCGUAUGCCCCAAUGGUAGACCAUGCCUUGAAGAUGGAAAACGACUGCGAUGAUAGCCUGUUAAGGAAGGAAGGAAAAACGAAAUCAAUGUCGUUGGGAAAGUUUGGGAAGAAACCCCAACAGUUUUCGAGGAGAAACACCAAAGGGAAGCCUUGCCCACCUAACUUGAGGAUCCGGAAGAGUCUUCCAGGCAAUAUGGGUAUUGACCAAUGGCUGAUUUGUGCUUAUUGUGGGAGAAGCAACCACACUACCGUGAAAUGCUACCAAAAGAAGAAUGUAUGUUUGAAAUGCCUUAAGCCUGACUACUGGGUGAAGGACUUCCCUAUGAUGAAGGUCGAGGAUUACCUGAAGACCCAAGGGCGAGUAUUCACACUCACUGAACAAGAGGCCAAGGUAUCCACCUCGAUGAUCAGAGGUAUGCUCUCAAUUUGUGAUGUUGAUGCUAAAGUUUUAAUUGACCUUGGUUCCUCUCACUCAUUUGUUGCACCCCAUUUUGCCCAUUACAUGAAUGUUGCCCCUGCAUGUCUCAACGAUACUUUAGUAGUAUGCACGCAUGUGGGAGGCUCUAUAGAAACUGAUAGAGCAUACAUGCAUUGUAAGCUUACAAUUGAUCGGUGUGACCUACCUGUGGAUCUAAUCCACCUAGAUAUUCAAGACUUUGAUGUGAUUCUAGACAUGGAUUUGUUGUUUACACACCAUGCCAUCGUCAACUACCAUGGAAAGACCGUAACUUUUAAAUGUCCCGAUCAAGCAGAAAUACACUUCAGUGGCAUUAAGGACAGUCCCCCAUUACACCUCAUCUCUACCUUCCGAGCCUCUAGCCUUCUGGCUAAGAAGUGUGAAGGGUACCUAGCUUAUGUGGUUGAGAAUCGGGUGUUCAGACCCUAUUGGAAGGGAUACCAGUAG